AUGGCACCAAAGUCAAAAUUUAUACCCCUGUUCCUGAUUCUUUGGAUAUCACUGGAAAACAUUGAAGGCCAAGUCAGUCCUGCAGAUUCCGAGAUGUUUCGGGACCAAUUUCGGUUCCUAAAAAUGUUGGGCCUGAAUUUGGCAGGAAGGUCAUCGAAUAGUCCCAGAAAUUUGAGGAUUUACAGGAACUUAAACAAAUUACAACCGUCGAUGGACGAGAUGGCUUUUCCUUGUUCUUUGGAAAAUGGUAGGAGUUCUGAACCUCCAAAAAGCGUUCAUAAAUUGAAACCUGGUGAUAUCGAUGUGAUUGGAGCAAUAGGAGAUUCCUUGACAGCUGGUAAUGGCGGAGCAGCUACUAAUAUAUUUCAGGUUUUCACCGAAAAUCGUGGAAUUUCUUGGUCAAUAGGUGGCCAAGGCACCUGGAGAGAAUAUCUGACAUUACCCAACAUGCUGAAGGAGUACAAUCCGAAGCUGGUCGGAUAUUCUUUGGCGGAUUCCUUCACGUUUCACAAGGAAUCACAGUUCAACGUUGCAGAAGCUGGUGCCAUGUCCAGAGACACGCCUUAUAUGGCCAAGAUGUUGGUGAAGAGGAUUUCUAGCGAUCCGCGGGUUAAUUUUGCUAAACAUUGGAAGUUGAUAACUAUGAUGAUCGGUCCAAAUGACUUUUGCCUGGACAUUUGCUACAAGGAUAAACCUGAAGACAUUCUGGAGCAGCACAGGGAACAUCUGCAUGCUGUUUUGAGGACGUUGAAACAAAUGCCAAGGACUCUGGUACAAAUUGUACUCUCGCCAAACGUUGCCCUGUUGACCAAAUUCCUCAACCGUCCCUUAUCCUGUCGUCUGACCCAUCUGAUGGAGUGUCCUUGUUUCUUCGGGGCCAUGCAUUCGCACAAAAGGGCUCAUUAUGAAGAAGUUAUUAGGCAAUGGCAGAAAAUUGACAAGGAGGUCGCCGAUUUACCGGAGUAUGCCGAUACCGAGGAUUUCGGAGUCGUCGUGCAAACUUUUCCUGAAAAACUGGUGUUCCCUUUGAGCGAUGAUGGUAAAAGUACUGAUUUUACGCUGCUCAGCGCUGAUUGCUUCCACUUCAGCCAGAAGGGAUACUCAAGGGCAACAAAUGCUCUAUGGAACAAUAUGUUUGAACCGGUUGGAAACAAAUCGAUGACUUGGAAAAAACAAUUUGAACAUUUCAACUGUCCAACUUCAAAUAAUCCUUAUAUUUGCACAAAUAAAAAUUGCGGACGACAAGGGUACGAUGAAAAGGAAAACGAGACGGAUACAUAAGAUAAGAUAAGAUAAGAUAAGAUAGUUAUAAAAGUUAGGUUAGGUUCGGGUUGGAAAUACUUGGACGGUUUAAUAGAAUUCUGUUUUAUGAAUUCGCAUUUUAAUAAUAUUGAAUUAAGUUAAUUU